CCCGAUGUCCCUGUGCCAUCUAGCCCGCGUCUGGUCUCCCUCUUCUUGAUUCUUUCGCUUCGUGUAGAUCCGAUGCGUCGUGCGGCUGUACAGGCCUUCCGUGCUACCCGUCGUGCUCCAGUAUGGAAGGUUGCUGGUAGAAAGCCGCGGGCUGGGUUCUUCUCCAACAGCCAGGCGCUGGGUCUGCGACGUUCAGCCUCCGUUGGGAGAUAUCCUCCCAUUAUUCCUGCCUCUCUGCAAUCUUCCAUGCAUCUUCGAAACUUCUCCAUUGCUCUUAUCUCGACGGCGAUUGCGUCUGGCGCUUGGUAUGCAUAUCAGGGAACGGUGGUAACUGGGGCGGACACGGCAUCGCCGUCUCAAAUACGAACCAUAUCUACCGGCGUACCUCCUAUUGCUCAUGCUGAAGAUCCCACAGAGUCAACUCGUCGUGCUCUGUUAGUUCAUAACGACCAAUUUUAUACUGCAACGCUCUCUGGAGACCAGCCACUUUCCAAACUCACUGAUGACUCAGACCGUCGAGUACUAGAGAUGUUAACGCCAGAGCAGGCUACGCAAAAGCUGCGGAAGAAUGAGGAGUCCUAUUUGGUGAAUCGUGGAAAAGGAGUGGUUCGAUAUGAUAUUGUCCAAGUGCCUAGCAACUCACCGAUUGAAGACGACCAUGCCGAAAAGAUAGUUGAGGUGCCAUCUUCCGUAGCGGCUACGAAAGAAGGUGAAGAUAGCAGCGACUGGAUGUUCUGGGCCAUAUUUGACGGGCAUUCUGGCUGGACUACGUCUGCGAAAUUGCGUAAUGUCCUUAUUUCAUACGUUGCGCGGGAAUUGAAUACUACAUACAAAGCUGCGGCCGCUGAUCCAUCUGUUCUCUUCCCCUCUUCUGCGGCUGUAGACGCGGCUAUCAAGCAGGGAUUUCUCCGUCUCGAUCACGAUAUCGUACAUGCCAGUGUUGACAAGGUCUUAAAAUCUAAUUCUCGGCGAGUGGCGGCUGAACUCCUGGCUCCUGCCCUGUCAGGAUCUUGUGCUCUGCUCACCUUCUACGAUUCACAGUCGAAAAAUUUGAAGGUCGCUUGUUCUGGCGACUCCAGAGCGGUUUUGGGACGCCGUGGCCCCAGUGGAAAGUGGAUAGCGAUGCCACUUUCUGAAGAUCAGACUGGAGGGACACCAUCCGAAGUAAAACGCCUGCGUCAGGAGCACCCUGGUGAACCCGAUGUUGUGCGCAACGGGAGAAUUCUAGGCCAACUGGAGCCUAGUCGAUCAUUUGGUGAUGCGUUCUACAAGUGGAGCAGAGAGACUCAGGAGAAGAUAAAACGACAGUUUUUCGGAAGAACACCCCAUAAACUCUUGCAGACUCCGCCAUAUGUUACAGCAGAGCCUAUCAUCACCACCACCAAAAUUGAACCGUCGAAAGGCGACUUUCUUGUUCUGGCCACGGACGGUCUGUGGGAGAUGCUGAACAACGAAGAAGUGGUUGGGCUUGUGGGCCAAUGGAUCGAGCAGCAAAAAUCAGGAUCCAGCAACAGCAAAUCCUGGCUGCAGGGUUGGUUCGGCUUCGAGAACAAUAGGCUUCCUGUGGAGCAGGCCCAAGAUGCCAUCUCUGAAGGUCAACGACGGCCUAUUCGCCAACAGCAAUAUGACAUAUCCGGCUCUGCGGACCGCUUUGUCGUGGAAGACAAUAAUGCUGCUACCCACCUUGUACGCAACGCCAUGGGUGGUAAGGAUCGGGAUAUGGUUUGUGCUUUAUUGACACUCCCCAGCCCGUAUUCACGAAGAUAUCGUGAUGACGUUACAGUCGAAGUUAUCUUCUUCGGUGAAAGCCCCGACACGCGUACCAUCUCGGUAAAUGAGGAAGCCAGUGCAUCUGAGGAAGCGUACAAAGCUAAGCUUUGAGGAUAUCCGGAGUUUCUGUUGUCCCUAUUUUCUUGCCAUUUUGAGCUGCCCUCUCAUUUUUUUUUUUACACCUUUACGUCUCGGGGCCAGGAAUGGUGAUGUAUUUCACAAUUUUCUUUCACGGGUUUUGGAUUUGAUUUUUAUUUCACAAAAUAUCCCCUAAGAGCCAGGGUUCUGGCGUUUGUGUUCCUAGAAGGUCCAGCCACUCGGGCUUUAGACGUGAGACCCAUUGUCUUCAUAGAUUCGGGUACAGAGAAAAGACAUGACACUGACAUGUAUUUUCAAAUUGGGUUGUUGACACAGGCGCAUACAUGCGCAGUAUGGUAUAAUAUAUUUCCUACCUCCUCCUCUUAGAGCACAUAGAAACACAGACACGUGCAAUAUGGAGGGUAUAAAAAGCGUUUCAUCAAGGCGAAUAACCCACAUAGGACAACAGGAGUCGAACGAUGAACAGUCGCAAAAAGUAACGCCGAUCUAGAGGGCAACCGUGCGGCAACUGAUAAAAGCAUCCAGGCCCUCAGGAAAAUGCUAGGGAAGCAGGACUUCUGGAGGCGAACUACCCAUACCGGUUUUGAAAAUGGAAAUUCCUUUAGAUAGAAUUUGCAGACACGAUAGAAGACCGACAAUAGGCGUCGUCAUGAAGGCCAUAACUGGAGUGAGUCAGGUAUGCUGAUUCAGUAGAGAAGGAAAGAAUUCACAGGUUGGGCAGAAAUCCUCUGUUACCAUUCGCCUUUCUCUGUGCUUCUUUCUGCUUGCUUUUUUGCUUUUAGAUCUCCAGUCCAUUCUCAACUGCUCCAUGGUUUAGGCAGCUUUGGGAAGAGGUGACCCUUAGGUUCGCCUUUUCCCCGAAGUGCUAUAUACAUCCUAUUCCACGGCUUGCGUUGGCGGUUGGAGAAUAUGUGCUUUUCAAGGAGGAAUGUCUGUAGUGUGGCCACAUUUGUGCUGCUGAUCCAAUAGACCAUUAAAGCACAGGGCAUUUCUUGAAAAUAAGCUGAAAGUCCAAUAUGGACCGCCAGUACCUGCACAAAUAAUCGGAUGACGCGGAAAAAACCUUCCCGGAUCAUCGCAUUUCGUGGUAAAUUAGCGAGCUCUGAUAUAGGGGCGACAUGCCAACCCGUCCGUAUAUUCAACAGGAUAGUCCCAGUCAUAAGAAUAGGGAGCAAACCCGUCGGGUCUCCGGCUAAAAGAUCCGGAAACCACAGGCCGCCUUCAGAAGCAAGCGUCGGCUCGAUCGCCGGGGGAACGUAGUCCGAGGCAGAUCGAGUAAGGGAAAAGAAAGACAAAAGCCACGGAACGAGGCCCUGAGAGCUGCCACACAUGGCCCUGAGACUUUCCAUGAGGGAGAUCCAGACUGGCAGUUGCAUGAAAUUCGCCGGCCUUGAAAAUGGAGAGACUCUGAAUUCUUUGCGCAAUAAACGCUGGACGGUAAACAAUUCCUUCUUCACCAUAGAGGAGGCUUCACGAGGCGAUAACGGCGUCUGGGACCGUUGGUUUUGAUCUCUGAUCCGGUCCACGAAGUAUUUGUGCCAUGAUUGUACGAGGGGACUCAGAUCUCGCUCCCUUUGCGCGUGUAUCCUGGAAUAUAUUUGCAGAGGAAAUGCAACUACCAUCCGAACGAUGAAAGCUGUCAGGGGAAUGCUGCAGACCCAUGGAAGUCCUGUGACCGAAUGAACACCAUGGAUAAAGUCGGAAGAUAAAUGUAUAAUAUCAUUGACAAUGUAUUGAGACCGCCUCGUAGGAUGGAAAUUUCGGGUCUGCUGGAACGUCGUCGACUUGGGACGUGGGAAUGCACGCGACAGGCGGAGCCCAUUGAGCGGGCGGAGGGAACUCAUGACGCUAGUCAGAGUCCAAUUGACAGCAGGCAGACCUUGUGUAAAAAGAAUAAAGGCCAGG